GUCUUGACGUCACAUGGGAGGAGCAACGCGAGCCGCGGCCUAGGCGACGGCGGGGAAAGAGGAGGUGGAGGAGGCCGCGGCGGAGGAGCCAUGUCCUGGAAGGAGGAGAGCGACGCGGCCAUGAAAAGCAUGUUUGAACGUGGUCCAAAGAAGAGACAAGUGAAAACACUAGCAACAUCUCUUCUGGAAGCAUUGGAUUAUGACAGCUCUGAUGACAGUGACUUCGAAGUGGGAGAUGCUUCAGAUUCCGAUGGUAGUGGGGAAAGUGCUGGUAAAGACAGUGAAGAAGGUUCAGAGAGUGAGGGUGGACAAAAUGGAAGUGAAGAAGACUCAGAACAGGAUAAAAAGGAUACCAUUGAUGAAAAGAUAGCUGAAUGCAAGGAUGAUCCGGCACCAGAACCUGACAAUAAGGAACCAACUGAAAGUAGAACGAGUAGGAAGAAAACAAAAGAAUCCAUGGAUGAUGUUGAGCCAGAUGAGUCAAACGAUGGACAAAAGAAGUGGAAUCUUCGUAAAAAGAGAACAAUGCUGGAUAUGAUAUCAGUGGAAGAAUUGAAUGGAUUUGAUGAUUAUGAUAGUGAAGAUGAUAAUGACUGGCGACCUUGUGAAAAAAAGAAAGGAAAAGAUGUAAAUGACGAUGGAGAAGAAGGUGGAGGUGAGGACGAUAUUAGUGACAGUGAAGAGGGCAAUCCUGAUGAUGAAGACAGCAGCAGUGCCAGUGAGGAGGAUAAGAGAAUUAGAAGAAAAAAUAGGCCUUCUAAUCGAAAUGCUGCCAAGACAGAAGGAACGAGUGAUAGUUUUAUUCUGUCACAGAAUAAUAAUUAUGAGGAAAUCUUUUUAACAGACAGAGACCAAAACUUCUGUUCUCAGAAAAUGGACUUUGUACAGAUAUGUUGUGUAUGUCUAGGAGAUAACAGUGAAGAUGCUGAUGAAAUUGUCCAGUGUGACAACUGUGGAGUAACUGUACAUGAAGGUUGCUAUGGUGUUGAUGGAGAAAGUGACUCCAUCAUGAGUUCUGCAUCUGAAAACUCUACAGAACCCUGGUUUUGUGAUGCAUGCAAAUGUGGAGCGGCACCCAGUUGUGAAUUAUGCCCAAACAUGGAUGGAAUUUUUAAAGAAACAGAUGCUGGAAGGUGGGUUCAUGUUGUUUGUGCUCUUUAUGUUCCUGGUGUGGCAUUUGGAGAUAUAGAUAAACUUCGCCCUGUAACUCUUACAGAAAUGAACUAUUCAAAAUAUGGUGCUAAGGAAUGUAGUUUAUGUGAAGACAUACGAUUUGCUCGAACUGGGGUCUGCAUUAGUUGUGAUGCUGGAAUGUGCAGAGCAUAUUUCCAUGUGACCUGUGCUCAGAGAGAAGGACUGCUUUCAGAAGCAGCUGCUGAAGAGGAUAUAGCUGAUCCAUUUUUUGCAUAUUGCAAACAGCAUGCAGACAAAUUUGACAGAAAAUGGAAACGAAAGAACUAUUUAGCUUUACAGUCAUACUGUAAAAUGACCUUGCAAGAGCGCGACAAGCAUGUUGCUCCGGAAGCUCAGGCCCGCAUUACUACACGGCUACAACAAUAUCGUGCUAAAGUGGAAUUAGCUCGCAGCACCAAACCCAAUGCAUGGGUUCCUAGGGAAAAACUGCCACGACCACUCACCAGCAGUGCCUCGGUGAUACGCAAGCUUAUGCGGAAAGCCGAACUGAUGGGAAUCAGCACCGACAUUUUCCCUGUAGACACUUUAGAUACCAACUCUAGUGUAGAUGGCAGGAGAAAGCACAAGCAGCCAGCCUUGACUGCUGACUUUGUGAAUUAUUAUCUUGAGAGGAACAUGCGGAUGAUGCAGAUACAGGAGAAUAUUUCUGAACAAAAGAACUUAAAGGAUAAACUGCAAAAUGAGCAGGAAUCACUUCAUGUAGAAUACAACAAGUUGUUUGAAUCCUUAGAAAACCUGAGAGAUAAGAAUGGCAAAUUACGUCGGGAGGGGCAAAUGCUGUGGAGUAAUCUCAGUAACAUAGUUGGACAGAAAUUGAAUUUUCCUGUGAUUUUGCGUACACCCAAGGAAAGACGACCAAGUAAAAAGGAUGGGGGAACAUUAAAAUCGUUAUCACCUCCAGCAGUAUUGUACAGUUGUGGAAUUUGCAAGAAGAAUCAUGACCAGCACCUCCUCGUCCUAUGUGACACUUGCAAACUCUAUUAUCAUCUUGGCUGCUUAGAUCCCCCCCUCACCAGGAUGCCCAAAAAGACCAAAAAUAGUUACUGGCAAUGCUCAGAAUGUGACCAAGCAGGGAGUAGUGACUUGGAGGCAGACAUCACCAUGGAAACUUUACCAGAUGGGACCAAGAGAUCAAGGAGGCAGAUUAAGGAGCCUGUGAAAUUCACUCCAUUGGAUAUUGUGAUUGAACCAAAGAAGUUCAUGAGCAAAAAUAUGAGAAGUAAAGGGCAGAAAAGAAAAAGAGGUACCAGCUCGGAUGGAGAAAAAGCUGAGGAACCAAUUCCUCCUAGAACACGACGGCGACGGCAGACCUCAUUACAGAAAAGACCAAAAUCAGAAGACAUGAGGACUGAAUGUGCUACCUGCAAGAAUCCAGGAGACAAUGAAAAUUUAGUCAGAUGUGAUGAAUGCAGACUCUGCUACCAUUUUGGUUGCCUCGAUCCACCCCUGAAGAAGUCCCCAAAGCAGACAGGCUAUGGCUGGAUCUGUCAGGAUUGUGACUCCACGUCUUCAAAAGAAGACGAAGAGGAGCUCGAGGAUGAUGAUGAAGAAGGUGAUGAUGAAAAUGAUUUCACCCCAGUGAAUGAAUGAGGACCGAAUGAAUUAAAUGUAGAAAAAAUAAAAAAGUUAAAUGCCUCAACUUUGGAUCAACUAUUAGAAAGGCAUUUGUCAUCUUUGUACUUCAUUGCAAUUAUCACCAACUGUUAAUUUGUCCGUUAAUUCUUUGUCUGUAAACCUGUUAAUAAAUACCUCCAUAACUUGUUAAAAA